UCUAACCCAAACCCCCUCUCUGUCUCUCUCUCUCUGUCUCUUGUUCAUGCCCUUUCUCUCUCUUCAAACCCCUGCAUGAGCCCUCCUCCAUAGCCCCUUCCUCCUCCGUGAUGAUGGGCUCGCUGCACCGUCUCCGGCACAUGCAGUCCUCGGACCCGAUCAACCGGACCAUCUCGGUGCUCUGCCAACCCUUCUGCGAUCCUCUGCUCAACGACUCGGGAGGGUUCUGCAUCACACCGUGUCUGCCCCUUUGUCCCGAGGUUUGCCGCUAUCCCAUGAUCCCGCUCCCCCCUCCGCCGCCGCCGCCGGAGGAAUCCUCCUUCAACGAAUACGGGAAGAGAUACCACCACUUGUCGCCGAUCUUGAUCACCCUCUUCGCCGUCCUCGCCGCGCUUUUCGUCCUGGUCGUGGGCUACGCGCUGUACGUGAGGUAUUAUUUGAAUCGGUCCAGGCCGAGAAGCAGGGGACUGCAGGAGCCGGAGACGAACGUCAUCCAUGACGAGUUUCUCGAUCAUGAUCAAGGGCCGGUCAUCGACCACCCGAUCUGGUACAUCCGUACCGUCGGCCUCCAGCCGUCGGUCAUCAGCGCGAUCACGGUGUGUAAGUACAAGAAGGGGGAGGGGCUGAUCGAAGGGGCAGAGUGCUCUGUUUGCUUGAGUGAGUUUGAAGAAGAUGAGACUCUCAGGCUGUUGCCCAAGUGCAACCACGCUUUCCAUGUGCCGUGUAUUGAUACUUGGCUUCGAUCGCACACCAACUGCCCCAUGUGCCGUGCGCCUAUCGUCACUAACGUCGCGCAGGCUCUGCCGCCGGAGCAGCCGAAUGCGGAGAGUUCUGCCUCUGCGGGGGAGAUGGGAAUUGAGGAGAUCGAUGAUGGUUUGGGGAGAGAAGCGGAAAGAGUCGCGGAAUUGAGGGGAGAGACUGAGGAGGAUGGCGAAUCGGAUUUGGAGGAUGGAAGGAAGAGAAUCGAGGACUCGAGCAAUGAAUUGCAACCGAUGAGGAGAUCUGUUUCGAUGGACUCUCUGUCAGCGCUGAAGCUCAGUCUUGCGGUCGCGAAUGCUCUUCGAGGAGAAUCAGGAUCCCUGAGGAAGUCCGGUCCUGAAUUGGCCGAAGAAAAUCAGGGAAUCGCCGGUGCUAUCGUCCCCAAGAGGAAUGCUAGUCAAGAGAAGCUGCCGAUGAGAUUGAUAGGCAGUUCGAGUUCGUCGAUCGGCAAAUCACUAGCGAGUGGAUCCAGCUCGAUAACAAGGUCGCUUUCGUUGAGCGGGAGGUUCCUCUUCUCGAAGCACGGCCGAAGCAGGAGCUUGGUUCUUCCUCUAUGAAAGGCUGUUUAAUCUGGCCUCAGCAAGGGAAGAAAGGAAACAAGUUGGCCUUGUUCUUCUCUACGUUCUGCUCGGUGCGGAUGUCUGGAAAGCCAAUAGAAGACAGCGUCGGGAAGUUCGACGAGUUCGUAGAUGAGCCUGAUUCAAAGGAAUCCGACUCACCGAUAAACGGAAUGUAUCAUAUGGUUUUCGGUUUUUCUCCUUUUUCUGUGUUCCAUAAGAGCUGGAAUCAAAUGUAAGUAAAGCUUUUUGUCCUAAA